AUGGGCUCCAGCAUCAGCACACUGAAGAACAUCAAAGAGAAUGAGUUCCUGCUCAAGGUGGUGUCUUCCAGUAGCAUCCCCAGCACUGAUAGUCAGUUCUGGAAUCAGUUCUUAUCAUUUGCCUUCACCAACCUCGAUGAAAUAUGCUCGGACUCAAAGUUUAUGGAGGAAAACAUUGUCCCGUUGCUCUCAAAAUGGAUGGACAACAAUACGACGUCGUUCAAUUUAGGCUCGCUUAUCCAGGUGUUCAUCCAAAAGGUGGAGAUUCUCAAAAAAGAUCCUCAAAAGAAUCAAAAUUACAAAAUUGUCAUUUGGCACUCGUACAACUUGCUGUUUAUGAUCCGCAAUAUGAUUAAAUACCUCAUUGAAACGCUGACUGAAGAUAACCUGGUAAAGCACUGUAAGGUAGCAGUUUCUGAAAACGAAAAGAGCGAUGAUACUGGCAUUGGUAUGCUGGAAAACUUGCUUAAUGCAAUCAUGGAAGUUCUGGUCGAUGUCAAGCUUGAUGACAACACUUACAAUUUACACGUGGAAGCUUGCAAAACCUUUUUGGUGCUGCUCUCUGUUCAGAUGUUCUCUGCCAAGCCCUCUUCCAAGUCGAUCAUCUACACCCUUGUGAUGCAGAAGAAGUGCUCUAUUCACGCCUUGCUCUUUACGAAAACACUGCUAAACAACUUUAUUCAUCAAGUUCCGGCGCCAGCCGUCAGCGGAGGAAGCCUUGUUUUUGGCCUGGCAUCAGGCAUCUGGAGUGUCAUCACACUUGGCUACGGCAAUAAGAAGACUGAAGAGGACAUUAUCAAGGAGGCCAUCCUGGCACGGGAGUGUCUCCUUCUCCUGCUGGUGCUCACUAAUCACUGCACAAAGGAGAUCAACCCGUACAGAGAGGCGCUCUUUCAGUGCAGCGACUCUGAGUCGGAGAUUGGAGAUCAGAAUUUGACCGGCUUCAAAAUUGAGUUUGCCAAGCUCUACCGAACGCUGUGCAGCACACUGAAUGACGACCAGACCACACUGCUUCUCUACAUGCUUCUUCACCAGAAUCAGCACUUUAAGACAUUUGUUCUCAGCCGGACCACCGACCUACAGGAGUUUGUCAUUCCAGUUCUGCGAAUCCUCUACAACUCACCGGAUCGUAAUUCGCAUCACAUUUACAUGGCGCUGAUUAUUCUGUUGGUGCUCAGUGAGGACAACCUUUUCAACAGUGUCAUCCAUGACAUUACCAUAAAAAAUGUUACCUGGUACACUGAACGUAAUCUGAGCGAGAUUUCUCUUGGAGGCCUGAUUAUCCUGGUCAUUGCGCGAACCAUCCAUUUUAACAUGUCGCGCAGUAGAGAUCGAUUUCUGCACACAAACUUGUGCGCCACUCUGGCAAACAUGUCCAAUUACUUUAAGCACCUCAACACAUAUGUCUGCCAAAAGCUGGUCAACUUGUUUGAAAAGCUCUCAAAAAAGUACCUUAAGAUACAAAGUCAAAUUGAAGCAAGCAAAUUGGGCAAGCAAAACGGCGUCGAAGGUUUCGAGUCAUCCGUCAAAACUGACGGCGACGCGGGAGGAGGAGAGAGUGUUAACGGCACUCCGCAGACCGACCUUAUACAGGACUUUCCCAUCUUCGAAGAGGUGCUGCGCACCAUUCUCGAGAUCAUCAACGCCUGCCUGACGAAGAACCUGGCGAGCAAUCCCAACUUGAUCUACACUCUGCUCUACAACCGAAAAGUAUUCGAUCCAUUUCUCACUCAUCCUUCGGUGCAAGACAUUAUCAUCAACAUUGAGACAGUGUUGACUUACUUUUCGAACCGCAUUGAAGUGGGAAAUCCAUUCUGCAGUCUUCUGAAGACUGUGAACGUCAACGGCGAAGACCUACAGUACUAUGAUCUUCCGCAACUGAAUGACCCUCGCUACGACCAGCUGCCCUUCUCCAUCCGUGUUCUCCUCGAAUCGGCGGUCCGAUCUUGCGAUGGGUUCCACGUCACUCAGGCUGACAUUGAGAAAAUCUUGGACUGGAAGGUUCAGCAGCACAACAAGGUGGAGGUUCCCUUUCGGCCGUCUCGGGUGUUGCUGCAAGACUUGACGGGAGUUGCGGCGGUGGUUGACUUUGCCGCAAUGCGCGAUGCGUUCAAGAAGCUUGGCGGCGAUCCAAACGUUAUAAAUCCUUUGUGUCCAUCGGAUCUUGUUAUAGAUCACUCGGUUCAGGUGGAUUUCUCUCGAAUUGCCGGCUCACUGAAAAAAAAUGAACAGCUUGAGUUUGAAAGAAAUAAGGAGCGUUUUGAAUUUUUAAAGUGGGGCGCCAACAGUCUGCAAAAUACUACUAUUGUUCCUCCUGGAUCGGGCAUAUGUCACCAGGUGAACCUGGAGUACCUCGCUCGAAUGGUCUUCAACAACAACAAGCUGCUGUACCCGGACAGUCUGGUCGGCCUCGACUCGCACACCACCAUGAUCAACGGCCUCGGCAUCGUNGGCUGGGGCGUCGGCGGCAUCGAAGCGGAGGCAGUGAUGCUGGGCCAGCCCAUCUGCAUGGUCCUGCCCGAGGUCAUUGGCUACCGACUGGUGGGCAAGCUGCCCUCCUUUGCCACCUCCACCGAUCUGGUGCUGCAGAUCACCAAGCACCUGCGCCAGAUUGGCGUCGUCGGCAAGUUCGUCGAGUUCUUCGGCCCCGGCGUCUCUGAGCUGUCCAUCGCCGACCGAGCCACCAUUGCCAACAUGUGUCCGGAGUACGGUGCGACCAUUGCCUUCUUUCCACCCGAUGAGACUGCCCUGAAGUACCUGGAGCAGACUGACCGCCAGUCGAGCGCCAUUCAGUACACGCAGACGUACCUGAAGGCUGUGAAGCUUUUCCGCAAGGACUACCGGGACGCCAGCGAGGACCCCACCUUUACGGAGGUGUUUGAGCUCGACAUCAGCACCAUCACGCCCAGUCUCAGUGGACCGAAGCGACCGCAGGACCGUGUGCCCGUGUCGGAGAUGAAGGCUGACUUUGAGCAGUGUCUGCUUAACAAGGUCGGCUUCAAGGGCUUUGGCAUCAAUCCCGAUAGUAUCACUCGAGCGGUGCCCUUUGUUUUCGAUGGACAGGAGUACGUUAUGAAGCACGGCUCGGUGGUCAUCUCUGCCAUCACCUCGUGCACCAACACUAGCAACCCCUCGGUGAUGCUAGGCGCCGGUCUGCUGGCAAAGAAGGCAGUGGAGAAGGGCCUCUCCGUGGCACCGUACAUCAAGACGAGCAUGUCUCCGGGCAGUGGAGUGGUCACCUACUACCUUCAGGAGUCGGGCGUCACGCCCUUUCUGCAGCAGUUGGGCUUUGACAUUGUCGGCUAUGGGUGCAUGACCUGCAUCGGCAACAGCGGUCCCCUGCCGCAGGAGGUGGUCGAGGCCAUUGAGAAGGGCGACAUUGUUGCCUGCGGCGUCCUCUCGGGUAAUCGCAACUUUGAGGGUCGUGUUCACCCGAACACCCGAGCCAACUACCUGGCCUCUCCGCUGUUGGUGGUCGCCUACGCACUGGCUGGCACCGUCGCCAUUGACUUUGAAGUGGAGCCAAUCGGCGUCGACUUUGAGGGCAAGAACGUCUUUCUGCGCGACAUUUGGCCAUCGCGUGAUGAGAUUCUCGAAGUGCAGCAGAAGUGCGUCAUUCCCGCCAUGUUCAAGGAGGUGUACUCUCGCAUCAAAACGGGCAACGAGCGAUGGAACUCGCUGAAGGCAAACACUGACCUGCUGUACAACUUUGAUCCAAAGUCGACGUAUAUCAAAAACCCGCCCUACUUUGAGAACAUGUCCACUGAGCUGUCGCCAAUUGCGCCCAUCACCAAUGCUCGUGCCUUGCUCUUCCUCGGCGACUCUGUCACCACGGAUCACAUUUCGCCUGCUGGAUCCAUUGCGCGCAACAGUCCGGCGGCAAAGUACCUCAUUGAGAGAGGAGUUGCCCCAGCUCAAUUUAAUUCGUACGGAUCACGAAGAGGCAACGACGCCAUCAUGACUCGGGGCACUUUUGCGAACAUUCGCAUUGUGAACAAGUUCAUGUCGAAGCCGGGCCCAAUGACCAUUCACAUUCCCUCUGGCCAAGAGCUGCCCAUCUUUGAUGCUGCCCAGCUGUACAAGCAGGAGAACACUCCGCUGAUUAUUCUCACCGGCAAAGACUAUGGCUGCGGAUCGUCGCGUGAUUGGGCCGCCAAAGGACCGUACUUGCUCGGUGUGAGGGCCAUCAUUGCCGAGAGCUAUGAGCGAAUUCAUCGAAGCAAUCUCAUUGGAAUGGGCAUCAUGCCACUGCAGUUCACCGAUGGACAGAGUGCCGAAUCGAUUGGACUGACUGGUCGAGAAAGCUUUACCAUUGACAUUCCGCCAAAGUUGUCACCAGGACAGAAGACGCUGGUUCAUGCUGAUGGAAAGACCUUUGAGGCAAUCAUUCGCUUUGACACGGAGGUGGAGCUGGAGUACUUUAAGAAUGGCGGAAUUUUGCACUACAUGCUUCGUCAGCUACUUGCCAAGUCCAAAAAAUGA